AAUAAUAAACUUGAUUUAUGAAGAUGAUCAAGGCUACGCCGGCUUUCGGCUCACGAAGAAGCUCACCAAAGCAGCGGCGCAGGUGUUUGUGAUUAAUCUCAGAGUUCUGCUACCGAAGAUCUUGCCGCCGUGGGAGAUUAUCAGAUUCAUUUUUGUCUAUCUCCGGUGGGGUAAGAGGAAGAACAAGAUCAUGGAAGCCCUCGCCGGCGGCGGCCUCAAUCUCAAGUCCGGCGUUGGUCAUUUCUGCAUACACCCUGGGGGCAGGGCUGUGAUCGACGGGGUCGGGAAGAGCCUCGGGCUGAGCGAGUACGACCUCGAGCCGGCUCGGAUGGCGCUCCACCGCUUCGGCAACACCUCGGCGGGCGGGCUUUGGUACGUGCUCGGGUACAUGGAGGCGAAGAAGCGGCUGAGGAAGGGCGAUCGCAUCAUGAUGAUCAGCUUCGGAGCUGGCUUCAAGUGCAACAACUGUUUGUGGGAAGUCCUCAGAGACUUGGGCGAUGCGAAUGUGUGGGAAGAUUGCAUCCAUCGAUACCCGCCGCCGAGCCUCGCCAACCCUUUCACCGAGAAAUACGGAUGGAUCAAUGAUGAGCGUCUCAGCUUCGUUCGGAUCGAGGAUUGUGUGUUCUCGAGCAACGCUUGAAUGAUUUAAGCAAGUGUUUUGGUUGAGAUAUCAUAUGUAUUUGAUUAGAGCUGGUUGCUAAUUAAGUAAAGUGAAAUGCAUGUGUGUUGUUCAAAUGUAGUAAAAAAUAAAUGAUUGAGUUAUACUUUUUUUCUUGAUGAAAUGAAAAAUUAAUU